AUGAGAUUGACCGUGCGCGCGUGCUGUGGACUGCUGCUGUUGUGUGCAGUGUCAGGCCAGCAGUACAAACAGCAAUCCCCAUCGACGGUGUCGUCGACGCAGCCGGACUCGGCGUCAGCCGCCGCCGGUAACGUGGCGUACCGGGCCCGCCCGUACUCGACGCAGUACAGCAGCAGCUCGUCCGAGGAGGAAGAGGACGAUCGACCGGUGGCGUCCUACACGAGCGGACGCCAGCAGCAGCAGUCGAGCCUGAAGAAGAGCUUCAAGAAACCGUCGUACUCGAGCGAGGAACUCGAACAGGAGGAGGAACCGGACCGGUUGUCGGUGCUGCUGGAGAAGUCGCAGUUUCAGUGUGCCGGCCGUACCACCGGCUACUACGCGGACGAGAGCCUCAGCUGCGAGGUGUUCCACUACUGCCAGGAGAACCAGAAACACUCGUGGAUCUGCCCGGAAGGGUUCACCUUCCACCAGGUGCACCUGAUCUGCAUGCCGCCCUCGGGCGAUAGCAUUUGCGAUCAGUCGUCCAAGUACCACUUCGUCAACGAUUACCUCUACAAACCGAUCAACAUGGAGGAACACAUGACGAAGCCGAACGUUACACUAAGGUACUCGGAGCGGUACUAUCCGGAAAAUUUCUACGUUGACGAGCGCCACUACGACGAAGAGCGUAUUCUGCGCCAGCAUGAGGAGCGUCACCAGCCGCAGCACCAGCAGCAGCCCGCGAAGCAGCCGUACCACCAGCAGCAGACGGUCCGGAAGCAGCCGGUGUACGCCACGACACCAUCCUCCUACCGGCUGGCGUCACCACAACCGACUCACAGUGUCUACCGUUCGCCGGAAGAGAUCAACAUCUCGCUGCAGCAACGGCGACCGACGUCACAGCCUCUGUCGUACAGCGCCUCCAGCACGCCGCGGUACGAGGACGACGCGGAAUACGAUAGCUACGAGCGGAAAUAG